GGGGGCGCUCUGUUCAUAGGGAGCUACAGGAAAUUUGUGUAGAGCAACCAAUCAUUGAUUAACAAAGGAGAACCUGGCACAGAGCUUUCGGUAGAUUCAAGCUAAUUGCGUUCUGUUCUUACUUUAUUUAAUACUGCUGUGCAGUUCCUGUUCAUAGGAAAGGCUCUUUUAAUUAGUUUGAAGAAUGGGUAGGAGCAGGAGCCGAACUCCGCCGAGACGAGAGAGAAGACGGUCCCGCUCUACGUCACGGGAACACGAGCGCAGGCGAAGAGACAGGGAGCGCUCUCGCUCUAGGGACAGGGACAGAGACCGCCGCAGAUCUCGUUCACGCUCACCACACCGAAGGCGCUCCAGGACCCCUCCCAGGUGCCACCGCUCCUCCUCCCUCUCUCCUGGAAGGCAGAAGGACAGACGUGAUGAUGAGCGGAAAGAGGGGAAGGAUAAAGCCGGGAAGCCUAUUCAGAUCUCAGCGGAGGAUAUGGAAGGCAAAACGGAGGAGGAAAUUGAGAUGAUGAAAUUGAUGGGAUUUGGUUCUUUUGAUUCAACCAAGGGGAAGAAAACGGAUGGAUCAGUUAAUGCAUAUGCAGUCAACGUUACCAUGAAGAGGAAAUACAGGCAGUACAUGAACAGAAAAGGAGGAUUUAACAGACCACUGGACUUCAUCGCUUAAAGGUGUCAACAGCUUGUCUUUAACAAGCAGUUUUUUCCCCCCUGAAGAGGACAAGGACAAUAUAGAUCUAUCUCCUAUUAAAUUUAUGUUAUUAUACAGCUUUUUUGUUUUUUGCUUUUACUGACCAUAUGUUGUAAAUAGUUAUACCUCCAGUCCUUCUCAGUUCAGAGCAGAUGUGGUAAUGGAGUAUUUUGUUGUGGAAAUUUGUUCUGUAUUCUUAAUAAAUUUUAAAAUGUUGACUAUCUGUAAAAGUAUUUUUUUUAGUCAUCUAAAGCUUUAUUCUUAAAUACAUCCUUAAACCUUUCUUCCCUUGCUUGUUUCUUCAUUUAUCUAAAUCCAGGUCCCUAUACUCUCAUUGAUUGUUUGGUUUAGCUUACUUGCUAACUUUGCUCUUACGUUUUCUCACAAUGAGUGACCCCUAAUAAUCCAGCCGUUGUUCUGUUUAAUGUAGCUUUAAGUAGUUCUUCAAUUCCAGAUUUAAAUAAACUUAAAUAUACCUAAAAAAUAAAAAUUGGCGUAAGCUAUUUUUUUGUUCUGUUAGACACUGCUGCAUAAAUGUAAGAUAGCAGAUAAAAAGCCUGAUGAUAUACCGUCAUAGUUUAGAGGAGCUACUAGUAUGUGCUAUUUUUCAUGUAUUUGUAUCGGACUGUCAGACUAACUUGUUGGGGAUUUCACUCCUAAUAUUCUAACAGUUUGUGAAACCAGUAGACUCUGAAUUUACAGUUAUAUCGCAUCGGACUUUCAUAAAGCUUGGUGUAAGUUAUAAACGGAAAAAUAAAUAUCCAACACUCAA